AUGGGCUUUUUCAUCCAGAUCUCCAACGAUUCAGGUCGGCCCAUAUUCCAGGCUGCAAAGAAUUAUCCAGACGUUUCAUUCGCUUCCAGCGCUUUGUUUCACGCACUGGUCACUGCGAGCUUGGAGCAGGGCUUUGUGCCGGGCCUCAUUCGUUCUGAUGAUGCCACGAUCGCCCUGGCAGUCCACGGGGAGCAGGGUGGUCGUCUUGGCUUGGCCAUGGUCACUUCGGAGUUCGCUUCGGGGAGGACCCGGGACCUCGAGACGAGGCUGCGCUGGCGACUGGAUGCCUUGUACCAGGGUGCUCGGUUGAUCCUGGGCCAGGAUUUGCAGAAAGCCGCUGGAGGACACAUCCAAGCCGACACCGUGCGGCGGCUGCUCACGGAGCGCCUCUCCCCUGUGGUUGCCCAGCUGAUGGCAGAGGAGGAGGAUUCCCAAGCCUCCACUGCAAGCGAUCCGUUCGGCUGGAGCCUUCCAACCCCGAGAUACGGGUCAAGUCUGGAUGCCUCACGACCGCUGCCGCCUUUGGGGCUCAGGCUGUGCGGUGCUACUGUGGAAUGGCUUCUUCUGGGCUGCAGCAACAUCGCCGAGCAUGCUUUGAAUGACUUGCUCAAGUGCCUGGAUGUCAAGACACCAGCAGGUGCAGAGCCUGAAGAGCCUUCGGGACACUUCGGAGCUCUGAUUUGGCAGGGGCGUGUGGUCGCCGCCACACAAGCAUGGCGCCAGACAGCUGAAAUGGACCGAGGACUCCUAGUGGCUAUUGCAAACUGUGUAGGGCCCCCGGCAUUCGGGGAAACAAGCCGUACAUUAGCUUUGGAAGACAUGAGUGACCUUUGGCUGAGGCCUAGGCAGACGGGACCAAAGGAGCCCGUGGGUGACGAUGUCUGCAAUCACCGAAUGUUGAAUGUUCGGCUUUAUCAUGUAGACAGUCUUCUAAAGCAAGAUUCGAGAAGGACCUGCAAUGCCAGAGAUAUGGAUGCGACAUCUCUGGUCCUGUCCGUGUUAACUCAGAAUUCGUCCACAUUCUUCGCCCAGGCAGAUGUGCUGAAGCGGCUGCGUGAAAGUGCGGCCCGCUUGUCGGCAGAAGGAAGCCAUGGAAGUCUGCAGCAGUUGUGGCGCAAGCUGAUGCAUAAGAGCGCUGCGAACAUCUUGGAGCUUGACCGGCUCUCGGCUGUGGUCUUGCUGGACGAGCGGACCCGCGAUUCUGUUGCCUUGCCGUCUCCUUGGGAUGUCACCGCAGAUGACACAGACAUAUGCGCGUCUUUUCGCCACUUGGUGUACUGGAUUCAUGCGCUGCCACCGCUGGACGCCUCCCACCCCCAGCAGUUCGUUUGCUGUGAAGGCUACACUGUUGCUGGAGUCCGUCGUGAGGACAGCAUCAUCUGUUGGGGAUCUGCUCCGACAAGCACCAAGCAGAUGCACGGAACACAGGACGUGGUUCUGCAAUCAAUUCAGAGGCUGCUGCGACGCUUACCGCGCGCAACUGACCUUUGGAGUUCAAUCGGAGCGCUGGAAACUCCAGACAGCUCGCUGUCCUGA